UCAUUUUACUGAUUUAAUUUAAAACGUAACUUGAAACAUAUUCAAUAUUUCUCUUAUUAAUGUAACAGGAAACUGGAAAGCCUAGAUUUGCUAUUAACAUUAUAACGUUAAUAUUAUUAACAUAAAUUAUUAUGCCAUAUAUCCAUACCUGAGACUGUAAAUGUAAAUUAUUUAAAUGUUUUUACUAUUGGAAUAAGUUAUAAGACGGCCUACAGAGGACUCUUUCAAGCAGGAGCCUUAGAUUUUGAAAUGUGAUUCUUAAAUGUUCCGUUAACAUAUAUUUACUAUAUUUCGAUUUGAUUUUAUAAUCUUGGUUGCAAUGCUUUUUAAACAUAUCACAGAUUUUACACACAGAACGUAGAACAUAAAUUUUAGGGAAUUUAAAAUCAUUUCGUGUUAGUUGGUUAGUUUGAUUGAAAUUCUUCGUAUUGAAAAUUAAGAGCCCGCUAAAUGGAAAACGCCGAAAACAAUAAGGAGCUGAAUGCCUUACCGAAGGAUAUUGAUAUCGAGAAUACCCAACACAUAUGCCUCUACCUGCGGAAUCUACGGGCACGGCUCAAGCAAACGAUACAGCAGCACACUGACUUGAUUCAGACUUCAGUGAACAUAAUCAGGGAGAUGGCUGAUGUGUCCACAAUGCUGGCAAUGACGCAGUCCGGAACAGAGCAGCAGCCUACUAAAAUCAAGCGACUGAUUAUGGACUUUGAAAACAUGCACACAGGUGACAAUGGCUUGAGCUCAGUCGAGGCAAUGGAACUGCGUGAGCUGCUCGCUGAUUUUCGACGACUUCACGAGAGUCAACUGCUGCGCGAUAGCCUGAUGUGUUUCAAGCGCGCCAAGGAGUCCUUCGAAAAGGUUGAUACCUUGCUGGGCCAAUCUGGCCAAAGUGUUCUCGGCGAAUCGGGCCAGCCAUCGCCUCAGAGCAGUCAGGCAGUGGUGAGCAGCAAUAGUGCUAGUCGCAGUCUGCGGGAGAAGAUUUUGGCCUUCAACAAGGCCUCCGAGAAGGGCCAGAAUAUGUUGCAAAAUUUUACGCAUUGCUUUAGCAAAAUGAGUACUGCGAAUAUUGCAUCUGCUGCUGAAGCGCAGGCAAACCCGACUGCAUCGCGUUCCCGCACGAAUUCCGGCUACGAGGGUGACGUGGACAGUGAAAUCGAUCAAACUGAUAAUGCCAAAAGUAAGGAACAAGUUAUCAAACCUAAUAACUGAGGCAUAUUUAUGGUUUAAGUUUAUUAUACACGUAUAUCAUACCAAAUAAUGAGCUAUGCCUAACAUGGUAUGUGUUUUAAAUAUUCUAUUGUUAUGACAAGGCGCAAGUAAAAAA